AUGGAGCAGUGUGCGAGUACAGCCUCUCUGCUGGCCUCAGUGCGGGAGCAGGAGAGGCAGUUUGAGAUGCUGAGUCGAGCCCUGGAGGAGGAGCGCAGGUCGUGUGCCGGCACCCUGCCCCGCCCCCUCCCCCACAUGCAGAACGGGCGCAUUCCUGAUGCAGGCCUAGAGCGGCUUACGCUGAACGAGGGUUACAUCAACGGGACGCAUCACUUCAUGAUGGAGCCGGGUCAGCUGGUGCAGGAGUCCUUCAGCGUGGAGGAGCACCCCCCAGAGCUGCCCGUCAUCACCGUGGAGACCGGGGAUGAUGGGACCACGCGCCGCACAGAAACCAAUGUAAAGAAAGUGAUAAAGACCACUACCACACGCACAGUCAUGCCCUCUGUGUCGGACACCAUGUCACUGGACGGCGGCGGCUCGAUGACCGGGAUGGGCUACACCACUCCAUACAGGCCGCCACCAGGAGGGCCCAUGGACUACCCCACUCACACCGUCCCACGCAACUACCACUAUGGACCACCAGGAGGCUACGACGACUACAGAGGCGGACCCCAGGUUGACGCAUACACCAGCCUCACGCGAGGAGCCCGUAUGGACGAUCGCUACAGACCUGUCCAUCCAGACGGUUACAGGACAUUGGACCCAAACUACAGAGCGCAAAGCAGAGGCCAGCUGGACCCCUAUGCGGCUCAACCACAGGUGGGACGGGGCAGUGCAAUGGAGCUGUCGUCCAUUCCCCGGUUCGUCCCCGAGCCCUACGGCCUGGAGGACGACCAGCGCAGCAUGGGCUCUUAUGAACCCGACUACGGCAUGGCACAUCCCAUGCACUACAGCACAGUGCCCCGCAACCACCACGCCUACCCCCACGGCCCGCCCCCACGACGAGCAGGGAGUUACGAGGGCACUUUAGACGGCGACAUGAGUGGUCCGGCUGACAUGUACUACUGGGGAGGCGCUCCUCUGGCUCAGGGGGAGAGGGGCAGCAUGGCGUCUCUGGACAGCACUCUGAGGGUGAACGGCCCUGCUCCCACAGCCUGGCGCCAACCGGAGCUGCCCGAGGUCAUCGCUAUGCUCAACUACAGACUGGACCCGGUCCGGAGCAACGCGGCCGCUUAUCUACAGCAUCUCACCUUCAAGAACGACAAGGUGAAAACGGAUGUGCGUCGUCUCAAAGGAAUCCCGGCGCUGGUUUCGAUGCUCGACAACCCAAACAGAGAGGUUCACUAUGCAGCCUGUGGAGCACUAAAGAACAUUUCUUACGGCAAAGAUGCCGACAACAAGAUCGCCAUAAAGAACUGUGACGGCGUCCCUGCACUGAUCCGACUGCUGCGGAAAACUCGCGACCAAGAACUCACCGACUCCAUCACAGGCACACUGUGGAACCUGUCCUCUCACGACUCGGUGAAGAUGGAGAUCGUGGACCACGCGCUGCACGCUCUGGCCGACGAGGUGCUGGUGCCGCACUCCGGGUGGGAGCGCGGCAGCAACGGAGCCGGAGGCGGAGAGGAGAACUGCAAACCCCGGCACCUGGAGUGGGAGACGGCUCUGACCAACACGGCCGGCUGCCUGAGAAACGUGAGUUCCGAGCGCAGUGAAGCCCGGAGGAAGCUGAGGGAGUGCACAGGAUUGGUGGACUCGCUCAUGUACAUUGUCCAGUCCCAGAUUGAUUGUAAAGAUGUUGAUAAUAAGUUGAUAGAGAACAGUGUGUGUCUGCUGAGGAACCUGUCGUAUCAUGUGCAUCGUGAAAUCCCUGGUGCUGAUCGCUACCAGGAGGCCACGCCCCUCACCCAGGGCUCCUCCUCGGGACAGAAGGGCGGCUGCUUCAGCUCCAGGAAAAGCAAAGAUGAGUGGUUUUCUAAAGGUAAGAAAGAGGAUCAUCUUGGAGAGGACACGGUAGACAUCCCAAAAAGGACAACUAUAGCUAAAGGCUAUGAGCUCCUGUAUCAGCCCGAGGUGGUGCGGAUCUACACGUCUCUCCUGAAGGAGUCGAAAAACCCAACUGUUUUGGAGGCUUCAGCCGGAGCCGUUCAGAACCUGUGCGCAGGACGCUGGACUUAUGGCAGAUAUAUUCGCGGGAUGCUGCGUAAGGAGCAGGGUUUGCCCAUGAUGACAGAACUGUUGGCCCACGGUAACGAACGCGUGGUGCGCGCCAUGUCCGGAGCUCUGCGUAACAUGGCCAUCGACCCCCGGAACAGGGAGCUAUUAGGUCAACACGCGGUGCCUCACCUGGUGGCUAACCUGCCCGGAGGCGGCCAGUCUCAGCCGGUGCGGUCUCUGUCUGAGGAGACUGUGGUGUCGGUGCUCAGCACGCUGCACGAGGUCCUCGGCUCCAGUUUAGAAGCAGCAAAGACUCUGAGGGCGUCGCAGGGCAUCGAGAGAUUGGUGCUCAUCAACAAGGACGGUAACCGUUCGGAGCGUGAGGUGCGUGGCGCUGGCCUGGUGCUGCAGACCGUGUGGGGCUACAAGGAGCUGCGCCGCUCCCUGGAGAAGGACGGCUGGAAGAAAACAGACUUCAUGGUGAAUCUGAGCCAUGUCAACCCCCCCAGCAGCACGCGGGCCAACGGAGGCUACGAGGACAGCACCCUCCCACUCAUAGACAAAGGGGCUAAAGGUGACAGAGAAAUGAUUCCAAUGAACGACUAUGGACCAGAUGGCUACACCACACUGGAUCAGAAAGGCAGUAGGAACACGCUGGACCACUCACUCGAGCCUGCUGACACGGUCCAGGGAGGCGCGUAUGAGAGACAAGCCUCUGUGCCUCUCAUGGAUUCUUACGAUGUAGGUGUCGUAGCAGCGCUGGCCUUGAACCUAAACGUAAUUGGAAUGUUAAAAGCAUGUAUUUCUGACUCCCUCCCUUCACUCAAGCUAAAAAAGAAGCAACAUUUCUGCAAUUUAGAAAACUUUCGGCCAAAUGCAGACAUGCGGUUUUGGUUGCCAGAUUAUGAGAAGAGGCUCAUAGGAGAGCUGCAAAAACAACAACACGGCGCUCAGUUCUGCGACACACGACUACAGACCGAAGGUAUUUCUAUCCCCACCCACAGCUGUGUCCUGGGUGCUCUGAGCCUGCACUUGUCCCAGAGACUGUCAGCCUUGCCACCUCCCCCUGCUGGACAGAAGCAGACACUGCAUCUCCAUACUCUAAAACCUCAGACUCUUAUCAAACUAAUAGAAACGAGCACAUCUGCUCGCUCAUCUUCAAAGGGAUGCAGCGAGGGAGAGGCCAUUUUGGAGCUGUCGACAAACUCAUCAGUCAGUGCGUCUUGUCCCAGUGAGAUUAUAAUGCUUCAUCUUUCACCAAGCGAGGAUUCUAGUCUUCAGGAGGUGGAAGCCAGUGCAGGGUGCAUCGGUGCCAGUCCAGAGGUGGAGGAGGAGGGUAAACAAAGACAAGUGUCACAGAAUAACUAUAAGACUGGAAGUCUGGAACCUGCUGUAGCACAGAAAAGGCAAGUUUGUAAAACUGUGGCCUCUAAAAGUAUGGAGAAAAUGCAGGAGAUGAUGGAGACGACACAGAUUUCAAUAAAGGUAAAGUUGAGGAGGAGAACUCAAGAGGAGAUGUGGGAGGUGGUGAACAUACAAGACCCUGAUGCACUCGUAGCUCCUGUGAGAUCGAAUAAUUCCAAAAGACCAUCGGGUGAAUUCACAGCAGUCCGACUUUCCAGUGCUCAGGCCUCAGACCCCCACACCAGCUCUCCUAAUGAGUCCAUGAGCGCCUUCAGUGAUGAUGCGGAUGCGGUGCCACUGCAGUCACCGCGUCCUGUAGAAGAAACCGAUGAGCAGAUUGAGAAGCUGCUGGAGGACAUCAUGAUCGGCCUGAACAUCCUGCCCAAUAACGACAAAGACAAGGCCAAGUCGAGGGACCAGAAACUUAGCCACAGGAAAGGAUCCACCCAGUUCCAGAAAGGAAAAUACUCAUACUUUGGAUGCUAUGAAAACGAUGGGGUUCAACAUGGCAACUGCUCAGCAGGUGAGUCGAGUGGCUGUGUCCAGGCUCCUGUCUCACUGCCCACUGCCUUCCCAAAAGAAGUUGACAAUAAGAGGCCGCCUAUGGUGAGCCUCAAGGAGUUUGAACAGCUUUUAAAACGCCGGCACUUGAAAAAGAAAAGCCUAAAAGUUGUAAAAGAACAGAGCCAAAAGGAUGAGACUGAGGGUGAAGCUGUAGCAGAGUCAAACCAGCGGUCCGACUCCGCCCAUAGUCAGUCAGAGGAGGUAGAUGUGACGGAGGACAAGGACGGACAAUCCCAAACCACAUCCACGGAGGAUUUAAACCAUUUAAAUUCUCUCGAGGAGCCGCCUCAAGCAGACGACAGCUCCAUCACUGAGUGCGAUGUGUCUGAGGUCAGUGACCAGUCGGAAAUGUGCUUUGGUGUGAUCCCCAAAGUGGUGUUCCAACUCUCUGAAGAAAUGGAAGAACAAAGGGCGCCGCCAGAAGAACAAGCGACACCUCCAAAGAAGUUCAACGACUGUGCUCCAGACAGUGCAUGUGAAAAGCAAGUCCCCAGUGACGAUUCACUGCCACUCACUGCCAGCAAGGAAGAAGAAAACGCCCCGACAAACGACUGCAGAAAUGUUGAGGACCAAAACCGAAGCUCCGGAGACGAGGAGGUGGACAUCCUGAUUCACUCAAGUCCAGACCAAAAAGCCACCACAGAAGGCCCCAAACCUGUACAUAUCUCCCCUGACGAAGAGGAGGAAGAAGAUGGCGAUGACGUGGACGUGACUGGUAGCGAUACCGACGGAUGA